CGGGCCUGGCUGACCGGAGUGGUGCCUUCUUGCAGUCCCUCUGGGAUUUGCACCCUGCGCAGCGGGAAGAGCCUGCCUUCUCUGAAUUCUGCUCUUGCCUGAGGGGUGUCCAGCCAGCAGCCAAGGUCAAGAUGUCCUCAGUGGGGAAGGUGACCCAGGUUCCCAGCGGGAAACUCUACCAGCAGAUCUUCGAGGCUGAGGCACAGCUGGUCCGCUCUCUGGCGGCCACCAGGAAGCAUGCUGUGGAGCGGUCCAUGACCCCCAAAAAUGGCAAGAAGCCUUUGAUGAAGAGGAUGGAUAUCCCUGAAGGGGAGAUAUUGUCUGCUCGGCAGCAGAAGUGGGCACACAGCCUACCCAAUGACUGGAUCACAGAAAACCCUGUUCUCUACAGGGAAAAGGAAAUGAUCAAGAAGAAAAAAUCUCAAGAAAGUGAGAGCACUGCUGCUGCCCGAGAGGUCCGGGGCCUCAUGGACACCAUCGUUCCUGAGAGGAUCUGCGCCACCUCCCUGGGGACCACCGGUGUAGACUCUAAGAGGCAAGGCUACGAGAAUGCUCUGGGGAGCUUUAAGGAGGAGAUUGCUCAGAUUGGGAUGGAAAUGGAACCCUUCAUCUUGGAGCCAGGAAUACUUCUUUUAAAAAAGCUGGCCAAGUCUAAUGAAGACAUGGACCAACUCUUCAAAAAGGUGGAAAGCAACACCAACCUCGAAGACUACACCAUCCAAACCCUGUUGGAGCUGUGGGAGCAGGUGGCAGAGAAGUUCCAGGUCCAGAAGCAGAGGAUCAAGGAGCUGGAUGAGGCCCUCCACAAGGCUGAGUUCUCCCGGGCAGAUAAACUCAAAAGUGUGUUGAAGAAAUACAUGGAAAUCAUAGAGAAAACAUCCUACCUCGUGCAGCCCGAUGUGUACGGGCUGAUAAAUAAGGAAGCGAUGGUUAUAAACCAAGCCCUACUGGCCAACCGGAGGGCCAUCGCCCAGCUGUUCAUCAACCUGAUGGAGGCCACGCUGCAGCAGGAGCUCAAGAGCCACCAUCGCUGGCAGAGCCUGGUGGACACCUGGAAGGCUCUCAAGAAGCAGGUGCUGGUGCAGAGUUUCAGUGAGUUCAUGGCCAGUGAGAGGAUCCAGGCUCCUCCGGCUGUGAAGAAGGAGAUGGAGAGCAUGCUGAAGAACCAGAAAGUCCUGCAGGAAAAGCGGCUGGAGCAUCUCUGCACCAUCUGUGACCUUCUGCCCCCCAAUUACAGCAGAACUCAGCUGACUGAAUGGCAUUCUGCUCUCAGCUUCUUAAAUAAGAACCUCGAUAACUACCACAUGGACUGCAUGAUGCGGAUCCGCCUGCAGUAUGAGAAGACCUGGCAGGAGUGUCUGGCGCAUGUGCAGACAUGCAAGAAGCAGCUGCUGGACUGGAAAGCCUUCACUGAGGAGGAGGCAGAGAGCCUGGUGAGCCCACACUUCUUCCAGGUGGUGGGAACGCUGCAGAGCAAGGUGGAGGAGGAGCUGGAGCUCUUAGAUAAAUCCUUCGAGGGCCUGGCAAAGCAGACAGAAUGGCAGAGCUCAGAUCUCUUCAACUACUUCCAAGAGGCUGUGCAGCUGUGGGAGGCACAUCAGAACAUGCUGUCGGUGCAGGACCUGGAGCUCGAGAAGAGGAUGGAGCUGCAGCGGCAGAAGCACAGCCUAGAGGAACAGGCCCAGGAGGCCCGCCUUGAUAAGCUCUUGGACCAACUGAGGCAGCAAAGCCAUGAGGAAACAUUGAAGAUUCACCUGGAAAAAGCCAAAGAUUUUCUGAAGAAUAUGAAAUUCAGGUAUGAGUGUUUCCACAAGCUCCUGAUAAAGGAAGUGAUGGAGUACCCAGUGACCAUACUGAAAGAACUGAACUCUUACAGCUCCACCCUUAGCCAACACUUCUACGUCCGUGAGAUCUUUGAACAGACCUUGCAGGGGGAAGUCAUUUUCAAAUGCAGGGAACCAGAAGUGCACGAAAAGCACUCCCAGGACAGUAUGAGAAAACUGAGGUGCAAACAGAGGGCUAAAGUGGAAAUGAGCAAAAGUGAAGAAAGUGAAAGAGAGACAAGUUCCUCCAGGUCAGCAGAAGAGAUGGACGAAGAUCAAGAAAUGGAGUCUUCCUUCACUGAAGAGAUGGUAGUAAGCCAGCAGGAACAAUCUGUACUGAGUGACAAGAUGGAUGAGUUCAGUGAGGAAUCUGUCCAGGAAUCAGAAAAAAUGCAAGUUGAACGAGACAGCUCCUUAAAACCAUCCCCAAACCGGGAAAAUGUGAUGAAGAAAAAGGAGAAGGAGGAGGAGAAGGAAGAGGAGGAGAAGAAAGAGGAGGAAGAGGAAGAGGAGAAACAUGAAGAGGAAGAGAAGCAAAGGGAGGAGGAGGAGGAAGAAGAACAUGAGAGUUUAUCUAUGGAUGAGGCUGAAGCCCAGGAAGAGAGUCUGGGGGAGAUCUCCCAUGAGGACAUGGAGUCCUUCACUACCUCCAGCGGACACACUUAUUUUGUCUUCCUAACCCUGGAACAAGAAGAAGAGAGUUGCAAGUGGUCCCAUUCCAACCUUUCUACCAUUCUCAUCAAUGACAUGUCCAAUGCCAACUUCCUAGAACAAGUGAUCAUUCCACCCAGACUAGUUUUACAAAUUAAGAAACAGCUUCGAACUGGCUUUUUUGAGCACCUAGAGAAGUGGUUUGACCAAUGUGUCCUCAAAACCCGGGCCACUGCGGCCACCAAGAUUGAUGAACUUGAUUCAGAAUUGGAGCUGCGUCUGCACCUACAUGAGCUAAGAGCUGAGCGCAUUGAAAAGGACAUCCAUAAUGUCAGGGCAGCUGAGCUCUUGCUCCAUCAAGAGCGGCUGGACAGCCACUGUGCUGGGGUGACCGAGACGCUAAGGAAGGAGAGGCUGAUGUUCUUCCAGUUCCAAGAGGAGCAGAACAUAAAGAGCAAAAACUUCCGCCGCAAGAUUUACGACAUGGAGCACAUCUUCUUGAACGCCACGAAGAGCCAGAGGCUGGUUACUCUGAGCAGCACACUGCACCAGGAGCUGCUCAGCUAUGUGGAUGUCAUCCAAGUGUCCCUGCGCAGCUUCCGCCAGUACUUGGAGGAGAGCCUGGGCAAGCUUUGCUUAACCAACAUUGAGUUCAUCAAGCACUGCAGAUUGUUUUCUGAGGGAGGCAACUUUUCUUCUGAAGAAAUUGACUCACUGUGUCAUCGACUGGAGAAGGAAGCUUCCCGAAUAGAGUUUGUUGAAAGUUUAAUCAUGAUCAACAUGGAGAAGAUGGAAAGUGAAUACCUGGACCAGGCCAAUGAUGUCAUCAACAAGUUUGAAAGCAAAUUCCAUAACCUAUCUGUGGAUCUUGUUUUCAUAGAGAAAAUCCAGCGGUUGCUGACAAAUCUGCAAGUGAACAUCAAGUGUGAGGUUGCAAAGUCUAAUUUACAAACAGAUGGAUUAAAUUCUUCUCUGGAACAGCUCCAAAGGAAAAUAGAAAUGUGUCGAAGCUCAAAGGGAGAUAAAAAAAUGGUGACCACAGAAGACAUCCUUGGCUUCGUCCAGACUUGGAAGGAAAGACUUGGCCAGAGGAUUCAGUACCUCAAUUGCAGGCUAGACACAGUGUCCGUGACUCAAGUGGUCUUUACCGACAAUAUCAUGACUGACCUGGAGGUGGAGAGUGACAUCCUGGUAUCUUCAGAAGCCCUUGAAGAGGAGGCCAAGUUAGACUUGGUCACCCCCGAGUCCUUUGCCCAGCCGAGCCACAUGGGGAAGCCCAUGAUUGAAGACCCAGCUGUGGAAGUGGUCAAGAAGAUCCUGCAGUUUCCUGACACAAAAUGCUCAAACCAGCAGUGUGACAAAGACCGGUCCCAGACAGGUAGAGGCUAAUAGGCCUGUGGGUGUCAGGGCACCGAUGGUGGGGAAGCCAGUAUUGCCACCUGGUCCAUCUUCACCAGGUCCUCUCUUCUUUUCCUUGGGUCCUCAUCAAUCAAAGGCUUGAAGCGACACCAGAAUCGAGGAGAACAUGCAGUGAGAAAAGCCCUGUCCAGUGCCAGUGCCACUUCAGCAGGAAGCUUCACGCGGUACUCCAAGCCGCCCCCGCGCACGGACAGAAAGUACCAGGUGCUGGGGGAGAAGCCACCACCUCCCGCUGAGGAUUUUAAAGGGAUCAUCCUGACCCUCCUCUGGGAGAGCAAUGAGCAUCUGCUAAACGUUGUGGAGGACUUUUACCGCAGAGAGAAGCGCUCAGUCACCAGGCCUGACUGCAUGUAUGAAAACUUUGACCAGUGCGCAGAGAACAUUUGCAAGAAGAUCCUGGAGUACCACGCCCAGACAGAGGAGUACCAUAACUCCUGCCUCAUAGAAUUGCGGGCCCAGAUGAGGAGAUUUGAGGAGCUACUGCCCCAAGUGUGCUGGCUGGUAAUGGAGAACUUCAAGGAACACCACUGGAAAAGAUUCUGCGCCUCUGCCAAUGAGAUCCGAAGACAGUUCUGGGAUUAUCAGGAGAAGCUGGAAAAAAGGAAGGAUGAAAAUGCCCACAAGCUCCAUCAAAAUCUCGGACAUCCUGCACAUUUCCAAGAAAUGGAGUCUCUGUGUCAAGUGGAAGAGAAAAGGCAGGACGAUUUAGACACUGUGAUUAUGACAACCAGGGAGAAGCUUGAGGAAUUCACCAGGAAAUAUGGCCGGUUUUUCAUAGCCAGCUUGGCCACCUUUGCCGAGAAGUUCUUGCUGCAGUUGGAUGAAGUGGUCACCAUCGAUGAUGUCCGGGUUGCAAAGAUGGAGUCCCCCAAACAGAAGACAUCAAUCCUCAUACGGAGGAAACUCGCUAGGCUUUCCCUGAAGGAAGAAAGUGAGAAGCCCCUGAUUGAACGGGGGAGCAGGAAGUGGCCAGGAAUCAAACCCACCGAUGUCACCAUCCAAUAUAAGAUUCUUCUCCGGAAAACAUCAUCCAUCACCACCACCAAAACAACCCUGGGCCACCUGGCAGCUGUGGAAGCCCGAGAUGCCGUCUACCUGAAAUAUUUAGCACUAUUUGAAGAGGAGCUGAAGAAGAUCCAGGAUGACAACAUGUCACAGGUGAAGGUGGCUCAGUGCUGGAAGGACAGCUGGAAGCGUUCCGUGCAUACCAUCCAGAGCCUGUACUUGUGA